AUCUAUCGGUCCGAGAGCUUGCAAACAUUCUGUCAGACAAAAUCGAAAUCAAUUUGUAGCCGGUAUUCGAUUUGAAGUGUUGAAGAUUUUCAAACUUUUAGUAUUUUCAGUGAAUUCGUAGAUUUACACCAAACAUGGGUCGUAAGUGCAGUGUGGCAGAGUGUGGUGGCAAUUACGAGAGCAGAUUGCGACUGGGUCGGCAUGCUACAAGCACAUUCAAAUUUCCUGUUGAUCCGGCGAUCCGGGAGAAGUGGGUGGCAGCUGUGGCCCGACCGGACGGGUGGGUGCCGAAGAAAACCUCUUGCAUUUGCAUGAACCACUUCCGGCCGGAUGAUUUUGAGAAGCUGAGCAAACCGGCCAAACUAAAAGCGGAUGCCGUGCCUACGCUAUUCGGGAGUUCAGUGGCCGACUACGAACCGGUAAAGAAGCCCAGCGCCCCGGAGGAAAUGAGAAUCGAUUUCGAGAGCUUCUAUGGGCGGGUACUGGAGCAGGCCGAGUUUUCCGGGUGGCACUUCUACAAAAAGAGUGGAAUAAUACAUUUCUAUAACAUGGAUGAUUCAGAUAAGGAUAGUGCCAUCGAGGUAGUGAACAGUAUUAAAAUUUUCGAGAAUAUGAAAAUAAGCGUAUUUGUUAAGGAUGUAAAACAAUCGGAUGCAAUUGUGCGACGUGUUCUUGGAAGAGAUUUGAAACUAUGUCGUUGGUCGCAAUUUGAAGCAAUUCUGAAGAAGUACGAAAUUAAAUCUCAAACCCGUGAGACUGAGGAGAACAUCGAUGACGGUGACACGACGAAAAGGCGAAAAACCAGAAGCGAUAUUCAGAUGGUAACCAUCCCUGAGCAGAGCAUUAAGAGUGAGCCUAACGACGAAGCGGACAACUCGCCGGAUGGAACGGAAUUGGACAUGGAGAUUGUUAAAGAGGAAACGAAUAUUGAUAAUUCUGAAGAUGACUCCGAACAAGAAUCGGAUCACUCACCUGAGGAGAAGGUGAACCUAUAUGAAACUCUACGAAUCCUUUCCGAAGCUAAGCAUAAGUGCUUCAUUUGUAAUCUGGAACAUGAAACAAAUCAGCUGUACGAUUACCACCUAACAGCUCACAUGGAUAUGCUUCCAUACGAGUGCGACCGGUGUAUCACGGAAAAGGUAACCAUUCGAUCGCUGCCAACGUUGAACAAACAUUUCCUGAUGCACCUGAAACCGUUGAAGUGUCGAACCUGCGAUGCUCGGUUCACUACCUACAAAUCCCGCUUGAUCCAUGAGAAAAGUUUUCACGCCCUGUCCGAACCGAUUACCUGUGAAAUUUGCAAAGAAUCGUUCCUGUCUCAAAAGCGUUACACCAAGCACAUGAAGUACCACACCGAACUCGAGGCAGUGUCGUGUAAGAUUUGUGAUAAGCAAUUUAUCACUGCCUACGAUCUGGACCAGCAUACGAAGUCAGUCCAUCCCAGCUCGGCCUCGUUCAACUACGAAGAACUCUCUACAUUGGACCCGGACGUAACGCAGGAUUUCAACGCUCCUUUGGAGAACGCUAGCAAGAAACCUAAGAAAGAGUUCUUCUGCAUUGAGUGCAACAAACAUUUGCCCAAUUCGAAUAGUUACUAUUCCCACAUGCAAAGUCACCGAAAGCAGUACCAGUGUGGCUAUUGUGGGGUUCGAAUUGCACGGCUGCGAGAUUUCCGAGAUCAUGAAAACACCCACACCGGAAAACGACCAUACGAGUGUGAUAUUUGCAACAUGCGGUUCAUGGCCGCGUCGACCUACUAUGGCCAUAAAGCAACUCACAAGGCGGAGAAGAGAUUUGCUUGUGAAACUUGCGGACGGACGUUCUCCCGGCGAGAACACAUGGUAAGCCAUUCCAACACACACAAGAAGCUGGUACGCCGAGGACGUCGUUCGGUGAAGGCAGCCGAACAGGUUGAGAAGGCGUCUGAUGAAGACGCCCCUAAUGAGGAAGUCUCCAACGGAGAAGCGCCCAAUCAAGAAGUGCCCAAUGAGCAAACCCCCAAGAAGGAAACACCCGUUGCGGAUGACGAUGCUUCCCCGAAAAAUACAAUUGAAAAUGAUACUACAAUUGAUGCAGAAGAUUCGACGCAAAUUGAAAUGGAGUCCUGAAUGUAGUAUGUUUGUAAAUCAAUAAAUGUUUCUUUCUGCUAUUAUUACUUUG